AUCAGUGCUUAAACAUAAUUUGGUCCUUCGAGCCGGAUAAUAUCCGCGGAAAAAGAGUGUGUGAACAUUGUAAACAUUGUGUUUAUAAACAAUCGGAUCACGAGAUCAUUUUGAUCAAAAAGUGGUUACUAAAAGUGCACAGAAAAUCACCACCGGUAGUGCCCCGUGUGAAUAUAGCCAUCGUGAAAGAAUAUUCCCUCCGAAAAUCCGCCAUCGAGAAAAGAAAUUCGCCAUCACUAGACGAGAAAUUGCAGAAAAAUCUGGUAUCCAACUCUUUCUCUAUCUUAUUCGGCGAACAAGUUAACGAACCAUAAGCAAUACCCGGUGAAUGGGUGUACAACAAAAAUACAUUAUCAUGGCUGAUAUAAAUUGCACCGAUUCAUUCACCAUAUAUCAUUCAGCUUAGUUCAUCGGAGUAGUUCAAACCUUUACGCAGAUACCAGUCAAUUAUAUGAUAGGAAAAUUCUAAAAUGUCGCUCAAGAUUACCAUCAUUCUUGCUGCCCUCGUCGGUGUGAUCGCUGCCCAGCAUUACUACCAAGCUGAGCAUCACGAAGAAGAACAUCACGGCCCGGUUCACUACGAGUUCAACUAUGACAUCCAUGACGAUCACACCGGAGAUGUCCAUGGACGCAAGGAGGCUCGCAAGGAUGAUCACACUCAGGGAGAAUACUAUCUGAUCGAUGCCGAUGGCCACAAACGCACCGUUACCUACCAGGUUGAUGGCAAGAGUGGAUUCAUCGCCCAGGUUCACCGUGAACCAAUCAAGGGACAUCAGGCACCACAACAGGUGCAUAAAAUUGUUGCUCCAAUCCACAAAGUGCUUGCAGUGCCAGUUCAUCAUGAGUACUACCACUAGUCGAUUUUAUGUUGUCAUAGUAUAAAUAGGUGAUAUUGAAUUUUUAAGCUACAAGUCUGAUUAAAUGCGUGCAGUAAAUUUGUUUGGCUUACACUAAUUAAACAGGUUUAAUUUAUUGUAAAAAACACGGGUUAAUUCCAUUUUGCUUAAAAUGCGUAGAUCUAUCAUUAGUACCAUUCAUGCUGAAAGGAUUAAUUUCGACACAGCAACAGUUUAGCUUUCAACCCUCUGCUCGGGCGCCUUAAGUCAACUAUUUUAACAAGCAACUAUGCUAAUAGUAUCGUAAACUACCAA